AUGCUAGACAAGGCGCGCUCUCAAAGCAAACACAUGGACGAAUCUAAUGCGGCUGCCUCUCUGCUUUCGAUGGAAACAACCGCCAACAAUCAUCACUAUCUGCACAAUAAAACAGCUCGCCCAACGCUGAUGAACAGCAGCCAGGACGGCAAAAAGCGUGCAGAAGAUGAAGGUAGCGAUAGAGCUAACUCCCGCCAUCCUACCAUAUCCAGUGCUAGCAUCGAAUCUCUCAAAACUACCUACGAUGAAAACCCUCUGCUUUCUAUUAUGAAAUCGACGUGUGCGCCCAACAACACUCCCGUGCACACUCCGUCUGGUUCGCCGAGUUUGCAAGUCGAAGGCGGCAGUGACACUAAAGACGGCUCUAAGGAAAACGAUGCUACUACAGCCACUACUGACCUUCAAGAUCGUCGUGACAGCGAUAACGCUGCACACGCUGCCGCCAGCCCGCUCGCGCCUUCCAAUACACCUUCGGAUACUAAGUCCUUGUACAAUGGUCACGCCGCACAGGCGAGAGCCCCACAAGCUUCCGGUGCCAUGCAGCCGCAGUAUACUACAGCUAACAAUGUUGUUUUCCCUUACUCCUCCACCUCCACUAAUAGUAACACUGCCACUACUACUGUCGUCGCCGGCGCCAAAAAAAAAAUACAUUUGCCGCCACCACAAGCUCCCGCAAUUUCUUCCCCCGGUACCACCGCAGCUGGCUCGGGCUCGGGCACGGGCUCGGGCCUGCGUUCCCGCACAGGAUCGGAUUUGCCGCUCAUCAUUACCAGCGCCAACAAGAACAAUGGUAAGAAUACCAAUUCGCCUAUGUCGAUACUGAGCAGGAACAACAGUACCAACAACAACGACAAUAACUCAUUACACAGCUCAGAUUCGAAAGAAUCUUCCAAUAACAAUGAGAUCGGCGGGUAUUUGCGCAGCGGAACUAAGGCCGGCGGCAAUCCUUCUAACGACUCUCAUAUUCAGCCUGAUGACCAUGAUGAUCAAUAUGCCAUGGGAGUGGCUCCCAGAAACUUCUACUUCAAUAAGGAUAGGGAAAUAACAGACCCAAAUGUAAAGCUGGAUGAGAACGAGUCAAAAGUUAAUAUUUCGUUCUGGCUAAAUUCGAAGUACAGAGACGAGGCUUAUUCUUUGAAUGAAUCAUCCUCCAACCAUGCUAGUUCGAACACGGAUACGCCUACAAACUCUCGGCAUGCGAACACCAAUUCUUCUAUCUCCAGCAGAAGCAAUUUUCAGCAUUUCAGGUUCAACCAAAUCCCUUCUCAGCCUCCAACUUCCGCAUCCUCGUUUACAAGCACUAACAACAUUAACAAUAACAACAUUCAACGGAACACUCUUAAUCGUGGAGAAGAUCCGUUUGCCACUUCAUCAAGGCCAUCUACUGGGUUUUUCUACGGCGAUUUGCCGAACCGUAACAACAAAAAUAGUCCCUUCCAUACAAAUGAACAAUACAUUCCGCCACCUCCACCGAAAUACAUCAAUUCCAAGUUGGAUGGAUUGAGAUCAAGAUUAUUGCUUGGUCCGAAUUCUGCAUCUUCAUCCACUAAACUAGACGACGACUUGGGAACAGCAGCGGCAGUACUAUCAAACAUGAGAUCAUCCCCAUAUAGAACUCAUGAUAAGCCCAUUUCAAACGUUAGUAACAUGAACAACACAAAUGCGCUCGGUGUACCGGCUAGUAGGCCUCAUUCAUCAUCUUUCCCAUCAAAGGGUGUUUUGAGACCAAUUCUAUUACGUAUCCAUAAUUCCGAACAGCAACAACCAAUUUUUGAAAGCAACAAUUCCACAGCUGUUUUCGAUGAAGACCAGGACCAAGAUCAAGACCUGUCUUCUUACCACUUAAAUCUAAACUCUAAGAAGGCCCUAGAUCCCACUUUUGAGUCGAGAGCAAGACAAGUUACUUGGAAUAAAAAUGGUAAGCGAAUAGACAGACGCCUUUCUGCCCCAGAACAACAGCAGCAACUGGAAGUGCCACCGUUGAAGAAACCAAGGAGGUCAGUUGGGAACGCAAGAAUCACAAGCCAAACCAAUAGUGAUUAUAAUUCCUUUGGUGAAUCUUCAACUUCAUCAGCCCAUUCAUCUCCAUCUUUAAAGGCUUCUUCUGACUUGGCAUGUACCGUCGAUUAUCCUAGUGCUACAUCGCCGGAUUCCACUAAAUCUAAGGGAAAGACGACCAAGUCUAAGGCAAAAUCCAAAGCAAAACAAUCAUCAAAGAAAAGAUCAAACAAUACUACUUCUAAAUCAAAAGCAAACAAUUCUCAAGAGUUGAAUAAUGCUACUUCUUCAACCUCUCAAGGUACAAGGUCCCGUACUGGUUGCUGGAUUUGUCGAUUAAGGAAAAAAAAGUGUACCGAGGAAAGACCACAUUGUUUCAAUUGUGAAAGGUUGAAAUUGGACUGUCACUACGACGCAUUUAAACCAGAUUUCGUAUCUGAUCCAAAGAAAAAACAAAUGAAACUGGAGGAAAUUAAGAAAAAAACAAAAGAGGCCAAAAGAAGAGCAAUGAAAAAAAAAUAA